GUGUGACAAUAGACUCAUUCACUGAACCCCAGAGGAAAAACGUAAAUAAAUAAAACAAAAUAUUAAAAAAAACCCAGAGAGCGAUAAUGAAUCAAGUCAACGGGGAGGUGGUGCAUAAUACGGAGUCCAGACACACGUCCCAGGAAACAGUCACGCGGCUGAUCCGCCAGUCUCAGGAGGCAAAGAAGCAAGCCUACUGUCCCUACAGCAACUUCAGAGUGGGAGCUGCUCUCCUGACCCUCGACAACUGUGUGUUUACAGGUUGCAAUGUGGAGAACGCGUGCUACAACCUAGGCGUGUGUGCUGAAAGGAACGCCAUCUCCAAGGCAGUGUCAGAGGGCUACAGAACCUUCAAGGCCAUUGCCAUCGCCAGUGACAUGAACGACCAGUUCAUCUCUCCGUGCGGCGGCUGCCGGCAGUUCAUGAGAGAGUUCGGGUCAAACUGGGACGUGUUCCUGUCAAAGCCCAACGGCUCCUGCCUUAAGAUGACGGUGGAGGAGCUGCUGCCGGUCUCCUUCGGCCCCGAAGACCUGUCCAUAAAGAAGGUGUUUGACAUUCCCAACGAGUCCUGAUUUUAGCACCGGGCCGUGAGAUGUAUUGUGUUCAUCCUGAACAUGUACUCAGGCUGAGGAGUUGUUAUAUUUAUGGUAAUUACAGUAUGUGUUCUUGUAUCAUGUUAAUUAUACACAUGCAUCAUAUGUUUUUAAUUGUCUGAAUAGUGUGUGUUGUAGGUAAACAUUAGAUUUUUCGACAUAGGUAGUCAUCAAUUAUAUGUUGUAGAUAAGAUAAAAAUAGAAAGAACUUCCAUAAAAAUCAAGUCAAAUAUUUCAAACAUUUUAAUAAAUAAAUGUUUUAUUAGACAAA